GCUGCUCGUUCCAAGACAGAUACAUAGGCAACGCUGACAUGAACCAUUGUUUGGUGUCUUCUCCAUUAGUGGCAGUCUUGUCAUUCUAAGUGCAAUCAUUUUUAGACUUACUUCAAAUGGACCAGUGCAGCUUAUGACUAGUAUAGGCAGCCGCUUCGCAAUCAGAGCAUUUUGUAUUAAUUUCUUUAUUGAUUCUUAAUUGUAAUAGUCUCAUAAAUUAUAUUUGUAGCCACUGAAGGAUUAGCGAGCAAAGGAUUUCGUUUGAUUCAUUCAUAGCCAGGGAUAAAAAAAUAAAUUCCAGCAAGGGGAAAAUAAAUGAAGCUCGAUGUUCGCCUGGUCUUCACAUGAAACAGCUUGUCGACAUGUUUUGUUGUCUUCUCUUGAUCACUUGACGUGGGGGAGAUAGGUCACAAGAGACCACGCCAAUCACUAAGUCCACUAUAUGAACUUCAUUUAUCUCCAGUGCUGUGUUCAAGUGACGUUGUGUGCGACGUGUGACUGGUUAGUGUUUUCGGGACCAGGAGAUCGAGCUUGAAGGACAAUGACAAGAUGGUUAGAGUGGGCAACAAGCGUGGACCCAGACCUGGUCGGCAAGACUUGCAGAAUAGAAACUAACAUGAUUAAUUUAGACUUGGAACAAUCGCCUCGUGUGCCAGAAGGUCAGAAGAAUCGAAUUUUAUUUUCGCUUGCCGACACGCUGAUACUUCAGGGAUUAAAGUUAGUGGAAGCAGUUGGUUAUAACGGGCUGUGUACAAGUUACUAUUGACUCCAUAUGUCACUCGUGUGAGGAGUUACACAUCUCACGGGUCGACAUAGAAAACAAAGUGAAUGGUGGUGGCUGUUUUUCAGUGUGAGUAGCUGUGUUUCGGAGUGAGUAGCGGUGUUUCAAUGUGCGAUACAAAGACGGAAUAGUGAAAGGGUCAACGAUUAAACUAGAGAUGUCACUAUGAAUUUGUUUUUUUUAAAGAGUAUGUCGAUGCUAGAAUCUGGUAGACAAAAGGAACUGAAGCAUCUCAGAACAUUGUCCAGUGAUUUAUUCAUAAACUACGAUUAAUGUGCCACGACCCAAAUAGAACAUUAUCUUGGAUAUGAUCAGUCGUCUCCCGUGUAAUGUCAGAUCAUGUUUCGCAUAGUCAACAGAGAGUCUAAGGACCUCGAUGCAGUUGAGUCUCAGCGCCUAGAACGAAUCCAAGCCGCUCGACGGAUCAAGAGAGUCAAGUCAACCCAAAGUCGACGUUCUUAUUCUGCUGACUCGCGCAAUGACGAGGGGAGAUCCUCGUCUUGUCUACCGAACUGUCUCAGGAGCCAAAGACGUCCAGACAAAGACCGCUUAUAUAGAUCAAGGCAAGAAUCUUCCUGUUCAGAUUUCCCGUCACCAGACUCCAACCCACCUUCUUAUGAUGGCGCAUGUAGGGGCAGAUCACGCUACAACUCAGGAAUAGAGGAAAACACGGCCCUGUUAGUGGACGUGACCAGUUCACAUAUCUCGUCAUUUCCGAAGCUCUCUGAAGAAGACCAUGACGAUGGGAUGGGACCACCCGGGAACGAGUAUGACUGCAGCUGUGAGCGCGUCGUGAUCAACGUCAGCGGCCUGCGCUUCGAGACCCAGCUCAAGACGCUGAACCAGUUCCCCGACACGCUCCUCGGGAACCCUUCGAAAAGGAACCGCUACUACGACCCGCUGCGCAACGAGUACUUCUUCGACAGGAACAGGCCCAGCUUCGACGCCAUCCUCUACUUCUACCAGAGCGGCGGGCGGUUGCGGCGCCCCGUCAACGUCCCCUUGGACGUAUUUUCCGAGGAGAUCAAGUUCUACGAGCUAGGAGAGAGCGCCUUCGAGCGAUACCGCGAAGAUGAAGGCUUUAUCAAGGAAGAAGAGAAGCCUUUGCCCCAGAACGAAUUCCAAAGACGAGUGUGGCUUUUGUUCGAGUACCCUGAAAGCUCCGCGGCUGCCAGGUUGUGUGCCAUCUUCUCAGUAGUUAUUAUUCUAUUGUCCAUUGUUAUAUUCUGCUUAGAGACCCUGCCACAGUUUAAGCACUACAGGGUCAUCAACGCUACGGUCAACGAUUCCAAGGAGUCCAUUGAGGAGGAUGAUAUUCCAAAGUUCAACGAGCCAUUCUUCAUCAUUGAAACGUGUUGUAUUAUAUGGUUCACCUUUGAACUUCUGGUUCGGUUCGCUUCCUGCCCAGAGAAGCUGGGCUUCUUCAAGAACAUCAUGAACUGUAUCGACAUCGUGGCCAUCAUUCCAUACUUCAUCACGCUGGGGACGGUCGUAGCUGACCAGAGCAAGAGCAAUAAUCAAGCCAUGUCUCUGGCUAUCCUCAGGGUCAUCCGACUCGUUCGGGUCUUCAGGAUAUUCAAACUUUCCAGACACUCCAAAGGUCUUCAGAUACUGGGUCAAACCCUUAAGGCCAGUAUGCGAGAGCUCGGCCUCCUGAUCUUCUUCCUCUUCAUCGGCGUCAUCCUGUUUUCCAGCGCAGUCUACUUCGCCGAAGCCGACGCUGACCAGACUCAUUUCAAAAGUAUUCCUGACGCUUUUUGGUGGGCGGUGGUCACCAUGACAACUGUAGGCUAUGGAGACAUGAUGCCGAUAGGAGUCUGGGGAAAAUUAGUAGGGUCACUCUGCGCUAUAGCCGGUGUGCUGACCAUCGCUCUUCCAGUCCCUGUGAUCGUUUCUAACUUCAAUUACUUUUACCACCGCGAAGGUGAAAACACGGACAAGGGUCAGUACAAGCACGUCCAGUCCUGCUCAAAUUAUCCAGAGAAGAAAGAUUCGCUUGAUUCGGAAUGUGGGUCAGACAUAAUGGAAAUGGAAGAAGGCAACCACAGCUCUCUAUUGACUGACAAGGUGACAGAAAAUCACGCAAUCAAGCCCAACAACCCAGGUGUUGAUUACGGCCUGGAGACUGAUGUAUGAUAUACCGCACAUCUGGGGUAUGGUUGACUCAUAGAUUUAUCUAAUUCUCCCCCCGGAUCGUUUCGCUCCUUCCUACAAGACAUCACAAACAAUAGCAACACAACAAUGCACUUUAUCCCCCAACUGGAAAACCAAAUCGCAGUGGUUCGUACUGCUAGUGGUUCGCACUGCUUUUUGGUACUGCUCAUGUUCCGAAACCAACUGUCAGUUCGGACGAAAUGAUUCUCAAACGGUCGCACAGAGCACCGAUAUGUUUGUGAAAGUACCACCUAAACCCGAAUCACGUUUUCUUUGGGUUUAACUGGGUUUUUUUUUUCUUCUUCUUCUUCCUUUUUAUACUUCUUCGGACUUUUAUAAUAUAGCAUAUACUUUUUAAUCUUAUAUAGACUUGCCCAAAAAUAACCACUCUAGUUGACUACCUAAGCAUUCUAUUUGCAUGCAUUUCUAUACCUUCAUUGACGUGGUCUUCACACACUCUUGUAAAUAUAUUCGUUAAUUUAUCAGUUUUAUUUUUGACUUACCACUGACACUCGUGAUGGAUAUCACACUCACGAUUUUCACAAUUUUUUUUCCCGCCAAUUCAAAAACAAAACAUCGAAAUUUCAGUCAAGUGAUUCAUGUAAAGUGAUUCGCUUUUUUUUCUGAUUAAUUUGAACUUAUGAAUAGAACAAAAGACUACCGUGAUAGAGUUCUAUGUUACAUGCUCUAUGUUACUAUUUAUUUGUAACAUUUGUAUAUUGAUAGGUGGCAAAAAUUUUCAUAAAAUAGCAACACAAUUUAUUUUUUCAUAUGUCCGAAUAUGGAAAUAAUAACUUUUUUUUUUACCAGCAUUAGCGUAUUUGCUUUAAAAUAUUUCUAUGAUAUUUGUAAUAUUUUAAAUAAUUUAAACUAACAUUUUUUACCAGUAUACCUGUGAAAGGAAAAAAAAUAUUAAUGGACGUUUUGUUCUCUCCAUUUUUAUUUAGAAAUAUUUCACACACACAAAAAAACCAACAUAAAAAGCCGAAUUAUUUAUGUUCUUAUGAAAAGGUAUUUAUUUAUUCUGAACAUUUUCCAAUGUCCCGAGUGAGAUUACUUUGUUAAGGCUAGAAUACCGGCUGUCCAAAUGUCCAUAUAUCUAAUUUUAUAAGCGAAACAAACAAUCUUGAAGCAGCAACAACAAGUAGUACAUAGUUAAAUAAUUGUUGCUUAUUUAACUGACACGAAACUCCAAGAUACAUUUGUCAAAUUCUUUUGGCAUUUAAAAAAAACAAACAACUAUGCACAAUAUUUUUAUCAUGUAUUGUUCCUAUUUUUUUUUUAUCUUCAAACAAAUAUAUAAUGCAGAUUGUACACAGAUGCUGUACAAUACCAACAUACAUAAACACACACAUUUAAAAAAAUAUAUAUAUUUUAAAUCAUAUUUUAAUGUCAUAAAUUUGGACAAUUCUGUGAUGACAUUACUGCAUGCGACAUUAGUUAUGUCACGUUUAGGUCUAGUUAAGUCUGUUGUUCGUUAAAACUCUGGCCAUUGUCAAACCCCAAUUUACCAGAUCUGCAUUUUAUUUUCUCAUUUCUAUUAAUUUUUUCUAUAAAGUACUGUGUCGGCCAUUAGCCAGGGGUUUACCUUCAUUUAGUUUGAUAUUUCAUCGUAUUAACUCAACACAUCUAAGGUGAUAGUCUAUGUGAAUAUAUUUCGGUUUUCAAAAUUACAUUGUCUAGGAUAUGACAAGUUUUGAAAGUGCAUUAGAGUGCCCCUCCCAUUUGUUUUGUUCAAUUUUGGCCUACUGGACAGUUUCGUCAUUUACAUAGUUUUCCUCAAUUUUAGCAUUUUUUGUUUACCUUAUGCAUUGAAUGCUAGUUGCUCAGAAGCCUGGCUAAAUCAGAAAGACGAAGUCCUUAAUGUUCGUUCAUUGAUACAUUAGAAAGUGGAGGAUUCAAGUUUCUUCGUUAUUCCAACAAGAAAUAUUCAUCUUCUGACCCCAUUUUGUUUCAAGCGUCCAAUCAGGGAAUAACCAUCGAUCUACACGCAGACGAUGCCUGCCAUCGUUAUCAGCAUCUAACACGCCAGUGAUCUAGCUGUUAUUGCUGGAUCGUCCUUUUUGGACUUGCAUCUCAGCAACUGGGGCAGCCCAGAGGUAGCAACUGGGGCAGCCCAGAGGUAGCACCUGGGGCAGCCCAGAGGUAGCAUCUGGGGAAGCCCAGAGGUAGCAUCUCGACCGUCCUCCUUCAGUAAUGACAGCACAGGAGACAUCUCGCAGUUCGUCCUGCACAAUACAGUAGCAACAUCUCCUAACUUUCUGGCGGAAACAUCAGCAGACGUGGCGAAGAUUAAUUGGUCAUACUUCUGCUUCCUGUCAUUGCAAACAGCGAUUCUGAGUUUCAGUCUCAAAAUAAAAAGCUCAAUGCAAAACAAAACAAAAUCGAUGCAGAAAUGGAGAAACCAACAAGUGGCUCUUGGUUCAAGAAGUCAUUUAAGUAAUCAGGACUCAAAAGAUCUUCACAAUCUUGAGAACUACACCAACUCUAGGCAAUGUUGUUGUUUUUUUACUUUAUUGUUAUAAAUUAUAAUCUUUGAUAUGAUUCUUUUUAUAAAGAGAUCUAGAUCUAAUUGAUAAAAUUAGUCCUCAGCUGAUGCACCGGAUGCUGUGUAUAAUUUAUUACAAAGUGAAAUUUUUGUCUAACUGAAGAACUUAUUUUAAAAAAUGGUCACAACCUGGUUAAAUUGGCUGUUACUAGUUUCCCCCUUUAUAAAAAGAACAUGUUGAUUUACAUUUUCUGUAUAUGUUUAGAUUAUAGUUGGCCUAUGAGUUUAUGUUUAUACCCAGUAUUUUUCCUUUUUACGGACUUCACCUAAGCAAACAUAAUGUAAUGUUGAUGCUAUGCUAUAAAGUUAUUUUUCUCUCCCCUGCCAACUUUAAAAACAUUGUUUCACGAAAAAAGAAGCACAUGGUGACCAAGCUCGGAUCAGCCUGUACCACUUCUUUGCCUUUGCAUUGAUUCAAACCAAUAUCUUUUACCAUGGGUUACACCUUAGACUGCUUCAGCCUUCUUAAUAAGCUGCAGUCGCAGGGUGGUACCUUAUAGCCUCGUUGUCAAGGUGUUUUUUUUCUUUUACACCCAUUUGCCCUGUUGUUCUGACGUCAGAUUCAGAAGGGCACAGCUCUGUUGCACCCAGCGACACCUGGCGAGUGUAGAAUAAUUACCUUACACGAGAGUCAUAAAAUUGUUUAAUUGGCAUGAAAGCCUACUGGGUAGAGACAUAAAUAAAUAAAUAUGCUCAAACUCUUACUUUCAUAUAAGCACAAUUGAAAUUUAAAAAUUACAUUUUUGUUUCUUUUAUUUUUCAACUUCAAUCGUCUCUUUUUAAGGAAUGUCUAUAAUUUAUGAAAAAGCGUAAAAAGUAAUGUAUAUUAGACAGGAAUUUUUUAUUUAUUUUUUGUUCGUUUGUAUUUUGAUAAGUUAGUGAUUGUGAAUCGAAUGUAUCGAUUGGAAGACACCUUGUCAAGAAAGAAAAGAAAAUGUAUUUAUGAAAAUAAAACUAAUUAGAAAUAUUUCUCUUUAUAAGAAAAAAUGCUUUUCAUAUGGAGAUGUCUAUACACUAUGGACAAAUUACAUGAGCUCCAUAUGGCAAUGUUACCUAUAAAUCUAAUGAUACAAUUCAGAUGGGGAAGCAUCCUUAUUGGUUCCAAACAAUGCUUGCAGCUAUGUUCAACACAUGUGAGGGAUACCAGUUGUUCUUUGCUUCACCAGGGGCCCCAAUUCUCAGAAGAAUAAUUCAUGCUGUAGCUAAAUGGGGCCCAGUGAAAUAGCCGAAUGCACAGAAAUGCUUUCAGAAAACAUGAUACAUAAAUCUCUCCCCUGAUUGUUGACUCUGUUGCAUGUUAUGUCUGAUACAAUGUUAGGCAUUGGCAAAACAAGUACCGGUAUAAAUAAUCUCUAUAAAGAUCUAAAAUUUGCUUCAGUUCUUUGAAAAAAAAAAAUCUUCCAUUUAAAAAUAUAUAUAUAUAAUAUUAUGGAAACAAAUUAGUCUGUUUUAUUAUGCUGUUGAUUUUAAUAGUGUUAUACAGAAGUUAUUUGUUAAAAUAACAAGUAGAUGUAAACAAUGCACAUACACUAUGUGGUACCUGACAGCUGUUUGUGAUUUUUUUUUUUUGGUUGAAUACCAUAAUGAAAGACUAGGUCUACAAUCUACUGGAUUCUGUCCCCUGACAUUUGUUUGUGGUGUUCAAGUGAUGCAAACUUACUGAGCUGUUAAUGCAUUUAUGUGAUAACUAGAAAUGGUUAGCCUUGAAGUAAUUGUGACUCUUUAUUUUGUAUAUGUUGACUUUUACUAUGUUAAUUCAUCAUGUUGCUUUUAAAGUGUGUGAUGGCGCUUUUGUGUACACUAGGAAUGCUGGGAACUAUGAAAUGCUAUACUGACUUUAUUAUUAUAUUGAAUCUUUUUUUUUUUUUUGGGGUAGAUUUUAUUUACAAUUGUUACAAACUAAAUAUUCUUUUUUUUUUAAUUUGAAUAUAAUUUUUAGUAAACUUUUAUGAACUAGAGAAAUUUGUUGGGACUUGUUUGGACAAGAAAAAUAUGCUGGAGCUUUUCCAUGGAAACAUAUUGGGACAAAAGAAGAAGAGACUGAUGUUGGGCUACUCACUGGAUACUAUCUACUGAGAUUGCUUCUAGCUGUAUGAUCAAAAUAUGUCAGCAUUUGUAAAUGUGUACAGUACAUUGUUGCGUACAAACAAAGAAUGAAGUCUGUGUGUACAGUACAUUGUUGCGUACAAACAAAGAAUGAAGUCUGUGUGUACAGUACAUUGUUGCGUACAAACAAAGAAUGAAGUCUGUGUGUACAGUACAUUGUUGCGUACAAAGAAUGAGGUCUCUGUGUACAUACAAAUCAUGUCUUUCAAUCACAAAGUGUUUUAGAACCAAUGUUUGAUUUUAAAUCUUCAUUCUAGUAAGACUCAUUUUCAAAGAUAUAUUUCAAUUUUGUAUUCUAGAUUGCUAUUUAUUUAAAAAAACAAAAACAAACUUGGUUCUUUUUUUUCUUCUUCUAAUAUGAAUAUUAUAUGUCUUUAUUUAAACAAUAAGUAUUUGAUAUGUUUUUGUAGAUUUGUAUAGGUCCUUGACUAACAAGCAUAUUGUUAAUGUACAUAUGUCAGUGUUUGUACGAACCACAUCAUCUGUGUUAACCUUUUUAGUCUAGCAAGUGGCAGCAAGUCCUCUGCUUACAUUAGAUCAUAGAAAGUAGAGCAGGAACCAGAUAGCACACUGCAGUGUAACCUUGAUGUAUAUACAAAUAUAAGUGACUUAUAAAUAUUGCUUUGCUUUCCUUUGUUGAAGACAGAAAAAAAUCUUUCUAGCAGGGGAAACAAAAUUAAGAUUUAUUUAUUACAUGACGACAACAAACAGUGUUUUUGCUUCUUAAAAUUAUUGCUGUUUUGUUUCUUUUCUUUUCUUUUAUUGAUUUUUUUUUUCAAAGUAGACUCCUUGUUGGAUAUGAGUGUUUGAAAUUUUAUGGAAUAUAAAUGUUGAUAACAAAAAUCUCAACUUCCAAUAAUUAGUUGCUGACUUUGGACAUGUUUGUGUUGGUGAAGAAAAUGGAAUGCAUGCAUGACAUACUAUUGUACUUAAAUUAUAUAUAUAUAUAGAUAAAUACAUCUAUACAUAGCCCACAUAUUGGCUGUAGUUAGGAAAAAAACAACAAAGUAGUUAGAACAUUUGACUUAUUUAUCUUUUUGACAUUUCCAGUUCCACAAUCCUUUUUGCUAUUUAGCCGAAAAUAACUACUUCACCUCAGCUCUUGUAUUGUAGUUUAGUAAUGGCAUUUCAAAUUAAACCAUUCAAUAGCCUCGUCUCUUCUCUCUCAUGCCAUCACUAUGCAUAUGUGUUUAUGUUUUAUCUAAGUUUAAGCGAAACAUUCUUUAUGUUCAUUUUAAAUUUAGCAAUUUAGUAGGUUUAGAUAAGUAAAUAUUCUAACUUGAAGUCAGCACAUAGUAAAAAAAAUUUUAAUUCAACUUUACAUAAUAAAAUGUUCUUACUUUAAGUCAACAUGUAGAAUAAUGUUCUUACCGGUACUUCAAGUCAUCAGGUAAUUUUUGUUUUCUUACUUUAAGUCAAUAUUUUUUAAAAGUCAACAAAUAGUAAAAUGUUCUUUAAGACAGGGUAUGCUUUCACUCUUAUGCAUUUGUUGUUCACUAUUCAUGUUACACCAUGCUCUAAUAUUUUCUAGCAUAAUUUGUUUGCAUCACCUAUUUCUGACUAUGCUGCUUUAACACCUAAUUUGUUUGUCUUUUUUUAUAUUUCUAUCUUAUAAAUUAUAAAUAAUAGAAUGUGAUAAGACUACCAGUUUAUAGCAUAAUAAGUCUAGUGCCAGCAAAAGCAGGCAGAUAGCAUGUAAUGCAAAAGACAGUAGUUUCACUUGCAAAUAAGGAGCAGAUUGUCAAUGAUACAUAAAGAAUUCUUUGCACUCACAGAAAAACACUUUCCUACUGUAGAUCAUUCUUUUUUUUUUUUUAACAGCUUCUUUUUAAAAAUUAAAAGAAAAAUUCUGGAACAAAUUUAUUAAGCACUGUGCCGAUUAGUAGGAAUCAAUAAAUCUUCACUUCUGCAUAUAUACAAUUGUUUGUCCAAUUGUUUGGCUACCUCCUGACUUGUUUUACUUUUUAUCCACAUUGUUACCAAACUGGAGUUUAGAUAACUGUUUGUUACAAACAUGGCUUUACAUUAUUCUAUGUGAUUUACCUCAUUGACUAUUUACUUUUGCUCUUGUUUCUAUUUUUAGUAACUUUUUGUGAAUUUUUUUUCUUAAAUUACAAUUUACAGUGUAUAAAUAAAUAUACACUACAACAUAUGAGACUGUGAAAAAAAAAUUGCAUAAAUUUGAUUUUGAAAAACAUGAAAAAUACUAUCUAAUGAAACUUAUUUUUUAGACGUGUGUAGAUUUUACUAAAUAAUCAUUUACAUUCAGAAUAGUGGUAGAGUAGUGCAAAUUUAGAUAUUACUAUUUUUUGUUAACUGUUAAACUUCACCAGUGAUACACAACUAUUUAGAUUAGCCUUUUAAUAUUUUUUUUAAGAAUCUUAUCUUCUGUUUUUUUGUUAAAUCUUCUUGUGUUGUCAUUCUGCCAUAAUGUAAUUAUGUUGUGUGAUCUUCAUAUUUUCUUUUGUAAACAGACCUGGCCAAAGUAUUUUUUACCUAAGUUGUGUGCAAUAGUUUCUAUGAUCACAUUUAUCACUUUACAAGUAUUGAUCAAUGACACUAAACUGCUUACAAUUUGUUUGCUCCCAACUGAAAUAUUAAACUUUUUUUCAUAUGUAUAUAGACACAUUUUUUUUUUAUUAGCAAGCAACAUUUUUUCCAUUGAAAAGAAAAAAAAUAUUUAAUUUCAUUUUACAGGAAACAGCUGUAUAUAUAUUUUAGCAAACUAUACAAGAAAUAUGAUUGAUUUCUUUCUCUAUUUCUAGUAACCUUUUCAAUAAUGCAUAACUAGAUUUGAAAUCCAUUUUUUAUGUAGGUCAGUUAACACAUAUUUUGAUUCAUGGAUGAAAUAUGUUUUUAAUGCUUCCUUCACUGUUCUUUUUUUUUUUACUCAUUUAAAAUACUGGAUGAAGUUAAUGCCGUUGGUCAAUGUAAUAAAUCAAGUUGUUAUACAUGAAUUGUUACAUGUAGAUAGCUAGCCUCGAAUUACCAUCUUUUAUUAUUGUGCCAAUAGUUCUAUUGUAUGAUGCAUUAGGAUAGAGUAUUGCAUCCAUGUAUUUAAUUGGUGACCUAGUAGCUAUUGCUAGCAGAAUCAUUGAUGAUUGUGAAUGAUCUAGUGUUUUAAUCAAGCCAUCUGAUUGAUCAAGUUGAUAAGAAAGAUGCUUGUUUUUAUUGCUUCUUUCUUCUUUAUAGACUACAUAAAACAAAAACAAAUUCUGAUUUUUUAAAAUGCAUUUGAAAACUUUUAGAUCUCCAUCAAAAAGUGGGUAAAAUUUUAUUUAACAAGUAAGUCAGCCUAUAAUUUUUAGUUCUUAUUAGCAUUUUUGUUUCAAUUUAUAAGUAUUAGAAUUUUAAUUCAUUACAUUUGCCUAACAGACUUGGCUUUUAUAAUUUUGAAAACUAAAAUGUUCAGAAAAAAAACAAACUAAUACAAAUAUUGGCUCAAAAAAAAAAAAAAUUUACUACUUGAUGAGUUUAAAAUAUUUAUUGAUUUAUAUAUUUUUAAUUCCAUACUAAUAGAGAAUUAUAUUCAAAUUUCUUUAACAUAAAAAAAGAAUGCAGCUAAAGUUUUUUAUGGAUCAUAUUUAGUUAAUUUUUACCAUAGUGUGGUUUUAUUUCAAAACUAAUUUGAAGAAUGGGUUGCUUUCUGGAUAACUGGUAAUUUAUUUUGAAUGAAAUAGUAUGAAUAUUCAAUUAAUUUUUCUAUUCUUUUUUUUUUUUUUUUUUUUUAAAGUUCUGUAAGUGAAUAUGUUUCUUACAAUUUCUACUGUACCUGCAGGAACUUGAUGGCAUUGUUACCCACUGAGGUGUGACUGUUUAACUUUGACUGUUACUAUCACUUUGCUAGUUAAUCCAUGUAUAUACUUUUACUUGUUAUAAUAAUUGAUACUGUAAUAUAAAACUUAAGCACCCUAAGCUAUUACUACAUUUACUCCACUAAUUCUAUCAUGAUGGUGUACGACUUUUUACAAACUUAAAUACAUUUUUUUUUUGGUUU